AAAGAAAUCAAGUCAAAAUAUCCUUUGGCGCCAUCGGCAUAGAGUGAAGGUCUCCUCUCUCCACGUUACUUCCUCUGAAGUAGUAGCAUCAUAUCAGUCUACUGAAGAAAGAUUCUGAGUUGUGGGUGGAAACUAAGUUCCUUGCAUGGGAGCUCUAGAAACUGGGAACGCAGAGGUGAAAUGCAAACAUUCCUCGGAAAUGGAACCUACCAAAGAAAGGAAAAGGGUUAAAGUUUCCAUGCAAGACAUAGCAACUCAGGGUUUAGAGUCAACGAGUUCAGCGGCUGUAGAAACAUCGUCCGUAAAGAAGAUGGGCAGAAAAUAUAACCGAAAGGAAAAGGAUGUAAAGAAAUCUACAGGUCCCAGGAAAAAUGCUACUUCAAAAAGCAAAACCGGAUCGGCAGAUCAAAUAGACUAUCAAGCUCCUCCAAAGAAAUUCACUGCAACUCAGAAGAGCUCAGACGAGGAGGGUUGUCCGGCGUCCACUCUGAAAUCAGAACCACAUACUGGACCUGAAGUCAAGGAAUAUUGUGAUUCCUUGAAAGCUAGGGUGGCUGACCUGAGGCAGGAAACCUUCAUGCUUAGUUGUCAAUUGCAGAAGCGUGCUAAUAAGUGUAUGAAGCUUAGAGAUGCCAAUAGACUUUUAAUGGAUGAGUUAAAGAAGAUGUGUGAACAAUUUGUAAUAGACAUUCUUGAAGCAAAGAAUCCAGAUAAUGCUCUUCAAACAGAGUAGAAACGGAGCUGUCAUUGUACAGGAACACCAAGUGAAUCAUGCAUGAGUGAGGCAAAU